UAGUGCCUUGACAGCGCACCCACGAAAGUUAGGAUGCGUUGGAUUUGAACGACGCGCAAGGGUGAAGACUCGCUAAAGCGAGAGUUGUAGAGUGUACACACGAAAAUUUCGGGCUUAUAGACUGAACGAGAGAAAGAUGCGAAAGGUCCUUGACUGAGGAUUUAUGACUUCCUAUCUUGAAGGGCUCAGAGCUUCGACUCUAUCUACAUGAACUGUUUAAUAAAUAUAAAAUAUUCAUUUAAUAGAACUUUAAAAAACUGUUGUUUUGAUAACUUUUGGCAACUAUGUGUAGCCGUAGCCAUGGACCUAAUUUCAAGUCUAUGUACUACCCUUUCGCGCGAUAAGCAAAGCGUAGACAUGUAGGUACUGCCUUUAUAGCUGAGGUGUCACGUGGUAUCACUGUCAACAUCAGGAAACCUGUGUACACCUAUAAAUACGUUUUGUAAAAAGCUAACAUCAUAUACAAUCUUCACUUAAGUAGUAAAUAAUUGAAAUAUUGAAUUUUAUUUGUAUAAGUGACAUGAAAUCAAUAAAAUACGUUUAAUCACGUCAUAUAAUAUUCAUAAACAUUAUUAAUUUAUUAAUUAUAAAUAAGAUGUUUAGUUUCCGAAAUAAUCUUAUACCAAAGAAACAAUUUUGCAAAUUGUUUUGUACAAAUCAUUUAUAUAAACAUAAACUUAUGAAAAAAUACUGUUCAAUCUUAAUAGCUUGUACUCAUGAUUUGGCUAUUGAAAAACAAAUAACGAAAGUUAAUGUACAUCCUGUUAACAAAUUUGUUUCAAGGACUCACACGUGUGGCGAACUUAAUAUUCAAAAUGUAGGCGAUAGGGUACACAUGUAUGGCUGGCUGGAAUUUCAAAGAUUGAACAAAUUUAUAACACUGAGAGAUGCUUAUGGUUCUACACAACUUUUAGUACCAGAUAAUAGAGAAGAUUUGAUAGAAAUGAUUAAAAAUAUAACCUUUGAGAGUGUAUUACAUAUAGUGGGAACAGUGCAUGAAAGACCGAAGGGACAAAAGAACAAUAAAAUGAAAACUGGAGAUAUUGAGGUGCUAAUAGAAUCCUUGGAAAAUCUAAAUCCAGCCAAAUCAAAUAUGCCGUUCUUCAUUAGAGAAUUUAAUAAAGCAAAGGAGAGUACGCAAAUGAAAUAUAGAUAUUUGUCUUUAAGAUAUCCUGAAUUGCAAAGAAAUCUAAGAUUACGUUCCCAAGUUAUAGCAAAGAUGAGGGAAUACUUAAUUAAAGAAUGCAGUUUUGUGGAUAUGGAAACACCAACGUUAUUUAAAAGUACUCCCGGAGGGGCUCAAGAAUUCAUUGUUCCAACACAACAUCCAGGACAAUUUUAUUCACUGGUACAGAGUCCUCAACAGUUUAAGCAACUAUUAAUGGUUGGUGGCUUUGAUAGGUAUUUUCAAAUUGCUAAAUGUUACAGAGAUGAAACUACUAGGCAUGAUAGACAACCUGAAUUUACACAACUGGAUAUUGAAAUGUCGUUUGUUAAUUGUGAAGGAAUAAUGGAACUAAUUGAAAACUUGUUGUUGUACUCUUGGCCUGAAGAAUCGUAUCCAUUAACUAUUCCUUUUAAACGACUCACAUUUAAUGAAGCAAUGGAAAUGUAUGGUACAGAUAAACCAGAUUUAAGGAUACCAUACCAGCUUCGUCGGCUUACAAAUAUGGUUGAUAUUUCUGCAAUAGAAGAAACACUAAAAACGAAAUGGAAAGAAAAUUUUGAGCUUUAUGCUUUAGUUUGUCCUUAUGCAAGUUUUCUUACCAAAUCAAUCAAAGAAUAUAUUUCUAAAUUGCAACGCGAUUGUUUCGCGUCUGUAAUAUUAAUUCAAUUAAAAAUACUUAGUAUGUCAUCGGCAACAGACUCAAAUAAAAUUUAUUCUAAUAUUGUAAAAAGAAAUAUAGAACAAGAAUUAAAUUUAAAGGAUGGAGAUGUUAUCUUUUUAGCUUGUGGAGACAAAUUUCUCACACAAUCACUAUUGGGAAAAAUACGUGUUGAGUUCGCAGAUUUAAUAGAAAGCAGAAAACAAAAAAUUCGAUCUCCUGGAAAUGAAAUUUUAUGGAUCACUGAUUUUCCAUUAUUUACAUUUAAUCAGGAGGAAAACAAAUUAGAAGCUAUGCAUCAUCCAUUUACACAACCUCAUCCAACUGAUAUUUGUUACCUUUCUGAAAAUCCGACAAUGGUAAGAGGAUUGCAUUAUGAUUUGGUUAUGAAUGGCUCUGAAAUUGCCGGAGGAUCAAUACGUAUUCAUGAAUCAAAUUUACAAAAACAAGUAUUGAAAAUGUUAAAUAUAGACGAAUCAUAUUUGGAACACAUGAUUUCGGCUUUAGAGUGUGGUGCUCCGCCACACGGUGGAAUUGCUUUAGGGUUGGAUCGUUUAAUGUCUUUACUGUGCAAUACAGAAUCUAUAAGAAGCGUAAUAGCGUUUCCAAAAACUACAGUGGGUCGUGAUAUGAUGUCAGGAGCACCAGUUUCAAUUUCAGAUAAGGAGAAGUCGUUAUAUCAUAUACAAACAACAGAGAAGUAAAAUAAUAAUUUUUUAAGUAUUUGGUGUAUAUUGUAAUAUAAUGAAAAUAAUGAAAAAGAGAUAAAUGAAUACAAUAUCAAUAAAAAUUGACCGUAAAUAUCUUUUUAUUUUACAUACUGUAAUCUGUUGUUAGAUGACUACGAGCUUCGAAUGACUUCGAUCUUAAAAAUUUGAAGGUGAACUUUAAAUAAGAAAUAUAUUUAUUGUAUUUCAAUCUUUAAAUCUUUGAGUGACGAUACAACUGUCAAAUUAAUAGAUAAAUUUAUACUUCCAUUAAAUUAUUUUGGAACUACCGAAAAACUUUCAUAAAAUACAAUAGACGUAAUAUCAUACUUGUUACUCGAAUUUUAUUUCAAGAACCUGUUUUACGAUUUACAAUAGUCGUGUAUGUAUAUUGGAUUCCUGUAACUACAGAGUUAUAAAUAAAAUAUUUCUUAUGACAGUGAU